AUGUAUACUAUCAAAAUUCUCACGCCAUUUGUAGUAGGAAGAGAUCACAUUGCAAGGCAGGCUUCACCUUUCACCAUCCAAUCUAACGUGGCAUUUCAUAGCCAUGCAAACGACACCCUUACUCCACGUGUCUCCUCCACCACCUCGUUUUCCAAACAAUUUAAACACGAUGCCCAGAAACCUCAAAACGACACAAAUCAUUAUCAUCUUCAUCUCACUGUAACUCCGAAGCAAACCUUAAGGGAAACAAAGUUUUGCUACAGUACGAGAAUGUCACCACCACCAUGGGAAGCUCUCAUUCUCGUAGCCACCUACCUUGACCCCAAAACCCUAACCAUAGCUUCUUGCGUGUCAAAGUCAUGGUUCUCUUCCAUGUCAUCCGAUCACGUUUGGAAGCCUCUCUUGACUACCCAAUUUCCCUCUCUGGCCAACCUUUCCUCUGCCGUCGCCUACCGGCGCCUUUUCGUGAUGGGCCACGCGGCUGCCGCUCGCCGCAGCCAGAGGCCCCCGAAGCCGAGUCUCUCGCUCGAGGACCUUGUCUUUUCCGUCUCCGUCUCCACCCGCGAUGGUGUUGUGGCUUCCGGCGUGAGAGCGGGUGAGACAUUGUGCAUGGAGACGGCGGGGGUGUUUCGCUUUGGAGUGGGGUGUGACGGCGGCGUGGUUUUGAAGGAGGGGGAGGAGGAGGUGAGGGUGACGUGGAACGUGGUGCUGAAAGGGUGGGGAGGGGUUUUCACGGCGGUGGAGCGCGAGGGGAAGGUGAGGCUGGUGGGUGGUGGAGAGGGGUGGUUCUGGGAGGAGCUUCCGGCGCCGGGGUGCUGCUCCGUCGCGGUGGCGAGUGCGUUGGUGGGGGAUUUGAAAGUGGGGAUGUGUGAAGAGGAGGGUGGGAAUGGAGUGAGGGUGGAAGAAGUUGGUGUGGGGAUUUUGAGGGUUGUCGAUUGGAGGUAUGUUAGUGUUGAAGAUGGACUUAGGUAUUUCCAACAUUUUCUUCUCACUAAUCAUGUAACAUAAAUUUCUCAACAAUGUAUAAAUUUUCUUAACCUCUGAAAACAUUGCACUUUUAAUUC